AUGGCCACACCAUUACCUACUGUUCAUGUCGCACAUAUAUCACGAAUGGGACGUCGACGAUCUCAAUCUGUAACAAUACCAAAUACAUAUCAGAGAGAUAAUAUUCGAGUGCAAAGUGUUGGACGAAAAGAAUUUUUGGCACAAUUACAAAAAGAACGACUGAAGCAACAGAUAAAACAUGAUGAACAAGAUGAGAAACAGGACGAACAACAAGAACAUGAUGAACAAGAUAAUCAUCAACCAACACUUAAUCGAUUAGCAAAGUCGAGUAGAACAAUGUCAAUGAGAAAAAUGACAACAUCGGCAGGAGUAACUGUAACUAAAGUGAAGAAAGAACUUUCAUCAACAGCAUCGAAAAAUACACUUGCACAAGAAGAUGAAGAAGAUCAUCAACCAACAGUUAAUCGAUUAGAAAAAUCUGGUAGAACAAUGUCAAUGAGAAAAACGGCAGCAUCAAAAACUACAAAUGCACAAGAUGGUGAACAAAUUCAUACACAUCAAGUACAAGUUACUCAUAUACCACGAUUAGCAUCAACUAUGUCAUUAAAAAAAUCUAAUCCAAUUGCGUUAGAAAGUAAUCCCUUAUAUCUUGAGUCAUCACAAACAUUAUCGAAUCCUUUGACAACAUCAUCCAUACCUUUGCUAACAUCAUCUGGUAAUUUCAUGACAAAAUCUGAAUUAUUCGAUCAAGAAUUUUUUCUCAAUGACGGCAAAGAUCAUGCACAAAGAAAUUAUGCUAGAGAUCAUAGUAAUAUCAAAGCGAAUGACCGAGAAAGACAAUACAAUGUUCCGUUAAAAGGACCAUAUACAAGAUCUAGUGCACAUUUUAUGGCUUCUAUUAUUGGGAUACUGCUUGGUGUUAUUGCAUUUGCAUUUGGUCUUACUGCACUGAUACUUGUUCUACUUCUUCGAUCGACUGUCGAUUCUAAAUUAGCAACAAAUUCAACAACAUCGAGUUCAUCAUCAUCAGACAGUUUACCAUCGCAAUGUUCAGCUUAUACAACUCUUGAUGAUCCAACUCGAAAUAUAGCUGCAGUAGGUUAUGCACUUGGUUGUGAUACAACAGCACCGUUUAUUAAUAGAACAUAUCCAGUUUGGAUAAGAUUUAUAGGUACAGGUGGUACUGAAUUGCCUUUACAAACACCUGGUAUGAAUCUAUGUGGUUCUGAAGGUACUGGUUGGUAUGAUGGUACAAUGCCAUCAUCAACGGGACAAGUUUUAAAUGGUACCGCAUGUUUUACAUGGUUGAAAGAUGAUCUUCCUAUAUCGGAAACAAUUUCAUCACGAGAUCGUAUAAAAACUUAUAGUGAUGGUGUUCUUAUUAUUAAUAAUAUUGAACCUUCUGAUUAUGGAUCAUAUGUAUGUAUAAUAAGUAUAAUAAAUUCAGCAAGCGUUCGUAGUAAACCAGCGAUAAUAACUGUUAAAUAUCCACCAAUGCCUUCGCGUAAUCAUCAAACAAAAAAUUUAACAUUUAUUCGAGGUUCAAUAGGUAUCUGUCCAUGUCUACUUGAUGCUUAUCCACCAAUUCAAUCUGUUUCAUGGUAUAGAAAUGGAGAAUCCAUACGUAUUGAACCAAAAGGUGGUUCAUAUUCUGUUAACUCUGAAUAUAGUCUGAUAAUAAAAUCUGUUGAAAUUGAUGAUAAUGGUAAAUAUUUUUGUCGUGCACAAAAUUCAGAAGGAUUCGGCCACGAUAGUAUACCAUUUUAUGUUGAAACAAAAGAACCAAUUAAAUUUAUUCUAAAACCAAACUCUAUUUAUUAUGUUAAUGAACGAGAUCAAUUGAUAGUACCAUGUGUUGCUUUUGGUAAUCCACCACCAACUAUUAAAUGGCUUAAAAAUUCUAUCGAAUUAAAAGAAGUUAAUGAAAAUUUAACACUCCCAUAUAUUGAUAAACUCGACCAUGGUUUAUAUAUAUGUCAAGCAUCAAACGAACAUACAACAACUAAUAUUACUACAUUAAUUAUUGUUGAAAAUACGACACCACAAGCACCACAUAAUAUUCAAUAUAAACAAAUAGCAUCAAAUCUUUUUCUUUCUUGGGAACCUGGUUAUGAUGGUGGUCGAUUUCAACAUUUUAUUAUCUGGUAUCGAAUAUUACAUAGAAAAAAACGAAAUUGGAAUCAAAUUCGUGUAUUACCAAAUAAUGUAACUGAAUUUAUAUUAUUUGAUUUAAAAUUAAAACAAACAUAUGAGUUAACAAUUGUUGCAGAAAAUGACUUAGGUGUAGGAACAUUUACUCCAAUUAUUACAAUUUAUUUGAAUCAAACAGAAAAUUCAUCAAUUGAUUAUCUUCAUUAUUCAAAUGAAACAAUAUUACUUCGGCCAUUAUCACCAACAAAUCUUCAUUUAUAUCAAUCGGGAGUAAAUCUUCAUAUAACAUGGAAUCAUCCAAAUACAAUGGAAUCACCAAAAAAUAUUGUGUAUUAUGUCAUACAAUGGCGUUCAACAAUUUUAUUUAACAACCAACAAUCUCAGCAAUCAAUUCUUGUUUAUUAUCCUACUCAUUCAUAUGUAUUAAAACAUAUAAAACAAUCAAAAUAUAUAAUACAAGUGAUGUCUUAUUCAGAUCAAGGAACAUAUAGUUUGCCAAUUGAAUCACAAAUUAAUAUUCAUUCUAAAUGGGAAUGUUGUUGUCUUUCUCAUAUUCGAUACAAAUUAGGUGAUUGUUCUCAUCUGAAAGCUGAUCGAUAUCAUGCAAGUCUUCUCAAAUCUAAUGAUCUUACAACAACACCACUUUAUAAAUCUCAAAAUCGAAUAAUACAUCAAACACCUAGUGCUCCAAUUGGACUACCAUCACCUCAAGAAAGUUUAACUGAUUCAACAAUAUCCUUAGCUAAAGUAACAACAAUUCCACGUUGUCGUGAUUCAGUGAUAUCAAAUUUAAUAGUUACACCACAAUUAACACGUGGUUCGCUAUCAAUAGAAAAUCCACAUGCAGUGGUUUCAUCGACUCUUACAUUUUCAGCAACUGAUGAAACGAAAAUGACUUCAUUUUUUGAACCGAUUUCUGCUGAUAAUAUUUCACCUGUAUCGUAUGGUGAAAUAGAAAUUCGUAAAAACGGUUCUCGUCUUCCACUUGAAGCUGUACCAGAAAUUAAUGAACUAGAUGUAGCUAAUAGUCGAUAUAGUUUUGAUCCAUCAUUAUUAUCGACAUUACCUAAUUCUCAUUAUACUCAUACAGUUCAACCUAGUCCCGUUCUUAUUACAUUUGAUUCUAGUACAUUGAAAUAUCGUACUUGA